CCUUGCACUCACGCUCGCUAGUUUCAUGAAGACAAGUGAAGAUGGCGGACGUGUUGAGUGUUCUUCGCCAAUACAACAUCCAGAAAAAAGAAAUCGUCGCCAAAGGAGACGAAGUUAUCUUUGGAGAGUUCUCUUGGCCCAAAAAUGUCAAGACUAACUAUGUCAUUUGGGGAACUGGAAAGGAGGGUCAGCCCAAGGAGUACUACACCCUGGACUCCAUUUUGUUCCUGCUCAACAAUGUGCAUCUCCCUCAUCCAUCCUACGUGCGAAGGGCUGCAACAGAGAACAUUCCGGUUGUCAGAAGACCUGAUAGAAAGGGCUUGCUGUCCUAUCUCAAUGGGGAAAGUUCUACUUCGACAAGUAUCGACAGAAGUGCCCCCAUAGAGAUUGGUUUGCAAAGGCCAACGCAAGUCAAACGAGCAGCAGAUGAGGUGUCAUCUGAAGCCAAAAAACCCAGGAUUGAGGAUGAGGAACGAGUGCGACUGGACAAGGAGCGUCUGGCUGCUAGACUGGAGGGCCACAAAGAGGGCAUAGUGCAAACUGACCAGAUCAGGUCACUGUCCGAGGCCAUGUCCGUGGAGAAGAUCGCCGCCAUCAAAGCCAAGAUUAUGGCCAAGAAGCGCUCCACCAUCAAGACAGACCUGGAUGAGGAUAUCACACUGAAGCAGAGGAGCUUUGUGGACGCCGAGGUGGACGUGACCAGGGACAUAGUCAGCAGGGAGCGGGUGUGGAGGACCAGGACCACCAUCCUACAGAGCACUGGAAAGAACUUCUCCAAAAACAUCUUUGCCAUCCUGCAGUCGGUGAAGGCCAGGGAAGAGGGACGCGCCCCUGAGCAGAGACCAGCACAGAACACCACUCAGGUGGACCAGUCCAUAAGGAACAAACAGCCUGUCCCAGCUGCUUAUAACCGAUACGAUCAGGAGAGAUUCAAAGGAAAAGAGGAAACGGAGGGUUUCAAGAUUGACACCAUGGGAACAUACCACGGCAUGACCCUGAAGUCUGUGACGGAGGGAGCGUCUGCCAGGAAGGCCCAGACACCAGCCCUGCAGCCCGUCCCCAGACCAGUUUCCCAAGCCAGACCCCCACCAAAUCAAAAGAAGGGCUCUAGGACUCCCAUCGUCAUCAUCCCAGCGGCCACCACGUCCCUCAUCACCAUGCUCAAUGCCAAGGACCUCCUGCAGGACCUCAAGUUUGUGACGUCAGAGGAGAAGAAGAAGCAGGGCAUCCAGCGGGACAACGAGGUGCUGCUCCAGAGACGUAAGGACCAGAUUCAGCCCGGGGGGGCAACGCUCAGCGUCACCGUGCCCUACAGGGUUAUUGACCAGCCCCUCAAACUAGCACCGCAGGACUGGGAUCGUGUGGUGGCUGUGUUCGUGCAGGGCCCUGCCUGGCAGUUCAAAGGUUGGCCUUGGCUGUUGCCUGACGGAUCUCCUGUGGACAUUUUUGCUAAAAUAAGAGCCUUUCAUCUGAAGUAUGACGAGCAGAAGAUGGAUCCCAACGUUCAGAAGUGGGAUGUCACCGUGUUGGAGCUGAGCCAUCACAAGCGCCAUCUCGACCGGCCCAUGUUUCUGAAGUUCUGGGAGACCCUCGACAGAUACAUGGUGAAACACAAGUCCCACCUGAGGUUCUGAGCCUGGACCGUGGCCUCCUUCCUCCACAGGUCCCGUCAAGGCAUUUAUAAACCCCCUGCCGCAAACCUAGCCCCCCCUUCCUCCUCCCUGCCAGGACUACCUCUAGAAGAGACUGGGUACCCUACUAGCACUUUGGGCUCCAAGAAAAAGCCCCCGUGUUCAGAUAGUCCUUCAGGAAAAUACCUUCUACCUGGUCUCCAUAGUUACAAGCAGCAGAUGCAGUAUGUCACUCUGGACAUGGGGAGGGGAAGUUGGAGCUUCCAAUGUUUUUUCAAGUUCUAAUGUAAAAAAAUGAAAAACAACUAUAUCAAAACUAUUUUCUAACAUCAGAGCAUCUUACUGUGGAGACCGAGGUUGAAGAGAGAGCGAGAUGGAGAGAGAGAGAGUGGACGAGGGGGGAUGGAUAGAUGGAGGUGAGAGAAGAAACCUCUUCUCCUACUAUUUCCUUUGUGAAAUUAAUCCUGUACAUUCCAUGUGAAACAUGAGCUGGCUAAGAAGCCCUUCGGAAAAUCUGGGUGGUGCAAAUUAAAAUCAUUGCUAACCAUAAAGGAUAUGAGACCUCUGUCAGAUUCAUUUUCCUGUGUUUUUAUUUUCUUAAAGGAACCCCCCAAGCUGCCUCUCAAAUGGCACCCUACUCCAUAUACAGCACACUACUUUGUCUACCCAGUGUCUAAACACAGGGCCCCAGUCAAAGGUAGUGCACUACGAAUGGAAUAUGGUGCCAUUUGUGACAGAAACCCAGUUUGACAAAGUGUAGGUAGGCAGCCCAUAGAGAAUUAUAGAGGGCUCUCUUUGUUUCUGUUAUGGUGUCAAAGUGCACAGGCAGCGCCAUUGAUGACAUCUCCAUUUUUGAAGUUGUGAAUUUUCUUCAUCUACUACUUCUGAGUUGGGAAACAAAGGGUACGCAGUGUCACCUGGAGUCUGAUGUUUGAACAAGGCGAAGGUUGAUUUACUGCCACCUGCAGUUAUGGAAUGUUUGCUCACCAGCUAAAUUAAUUUGCUGAUCCCUUCUGGUGACCUGGAUGGAUUUUGCAAUCCUUAAGACAUAGGAAGUCCCACCAAGUUGACUACUUGAAAAUGGUGGAGGUCCUCAAUGGCUCUUCUUUUGGGGCACUAUGAUGCAGCCCUAUAGCAUCUGACUGAUGUCCCAUGCGAUCCAAAUGUAUAUAUGAUAUAAGAGCCAAACUUUCCGAAAACAGACUUUGAAGAAAAUCAAAAAAGCUAUUCUCUUAUUGAUGCAUAUCAAAGAUCUUUAUGAUUCAGUGGGAUUGAUGUGUCAAUUCCAGCCUUGGCUCAAAAGUGUUUGUUUUUUUUGUGCUGUGCAAAUGAAAGGAAUGAUGACGAACAUUGCGUUAUGUUAUGUGUUCACAGUGCAAAUAGAUCAUAAAGCUGGUAGAGGAACGUC